AUGAUCUACUUAUUGUUUUUAGUGACACUUUCAGCGACUGGUGCUACCUGUUAUAGGAAUUUCGGACUGAAAACUUGUCCGAAAGGGUGGCUCCAGUAUGAUAAUACCUGCUACACCCGCCAACCAGAUAUUCUGAACUUCGAGGAAGCAGUUAAGAACUGUAAAAGAGAAGAUGCAACGCUCUUCACUUUUGAAAACUCCUUCGAGCUUGAAGCGAUUAGAAAUCUAUUUCCGGACUACUACUUCACUUGGAUCAAUGCGGAAAUUGAAGAAGAAUUAGAAUGGCUUCACGAACCAUUCGAAGAGAAAAUCAACGGGAAGAACUCUGUCGCUACUUGCAUCGCGUUCUAUUCAUCUCCUGCCAAAAGUUAUAAUUACUACUAUCCAUGUACAUCUCGCUUUCACUCAAUUUGCGAAAAGUCCCUCGACUCGUUCCAUCAAUGGGUGAAUUGA